GUUGGGAGGGAGGAGGAGGGGGAGGAGGGGAAAGGAAGAGGAGGAGGUCGCUAGAAAAGGGGAGGAAGGCAGCCGGAGGGAAGGUGCAGACUGGGGGCCGGGCUGCAGACAGCCAGCUGCGUCUGGGUCUCGCUGGGGCAGAGGCAGAGUGAGGCUCAGCUGGUUGGGGUGGGAGGCUGGAGGCGGAGAAGGGGCCGGGCUAGGCAGGGGAGCUCUCCCUGGCGGCCACAGCUGGAGUGCGGCCAGCGGAGGCAGAGGCAGGGGCAGAAGCAGCUGCUGCCCAGGCAGGGACACAGGCAGGCGCCGGAGCCGGCGCAGCGCGCCGCCUUCCAGCGCUCCCCCGCCGGCUGGCCGGCCGGCCCUGGGCGCACAGUUCCUCGGGCCGGAGGCCAUUCCGCCUGCUCUGUCCGGCCCUGCGCCGGGUCGGCUCCUCUCCCCUCUCCCUCCCUCGCUUCGCGUCGGCGCGCACGCCCCCAAGUCCCGGGCGCGGAGCCCCAGCCUCCGGCAGGCAGGCGGGCACGCAGGCAGGCAGGCCGGCGGCGCCUCCCCUCCGUCUGGUCAGGCCCCGGCUCUGGCCCCCGCAGCCCGAGGAAGCAGUGGAGCAGGACGCCGCGAAGAGGGGCCCCGCGCCCCACGCUGCCGCCGGCGUGCCUCUGCCCCCAGCCAUGGUGGGCCACCUGCACUUCCAGGGCAUGGAGGACAGCCUCAAAGAGAAAAGCCGGGACGGCUUGUUGGACAGUCCCGACUCCGGGCUGCCCCCCAGCCCCAGCCCGCCCUUCUACUCCCUGAGCCCCGGCAUCAUGGACAGCCGAGCUGCAGGCAGCGGCGCCGCCGCCGAGGCCCCUGGAAGCGGGCCCCGCGGGUACCCACAGGAGGCCACAGCGGCUCCUCACCUCCUCCAGGACUCCGCGGUGCUGGAGAUGAGGCCCCGGCUGCUCCCAGUAUUUUUUGGGGAAAGCAUCGAAGUGAACCCAGAGCCCACGCAGGAAAUUCGCUGCAACUCUGAGGUCAGAUACGACUCCGAGAAACACUACCGAGAUGACAUCUUCUACAUCCCCGUCCCCACAGUCACCUCCUACAGCGAAACCAUCAUCGCCACCCCGAAUUGCACAUGGCGGAACUACAAAACCCAGCUGACCUUUGAACCCCGUCAGCGGGCCCUGCGAUUCCAGAGCACCACCAUCAUCUUCCCCAAGCACCCCAAGAACACUUACCGCACCACCCUCCACUACAGCCUGGGCUGCCCCAAGCGGUGGUUUGCAUCCAGCGUCCAGCUGGAACUGUGUGAUGACCUUCCCUACCCUGAGGAGCUCUAACGGGCUCCUGCUUGGGACCAUGGGGGGCAGAAGCAGGGGCGGGAAGCAGAGACAGACAGACAGACAGAAGGGGAUGGAAGAGAACCUUGGCCAGGAGCCUCAAGGGGAGGGAGUUUAAGAAGGCUGGCUGGGGGCAUGUGGCUGGGGGCUGGCCUUGGAAGGAGACUGUUGGAGGGAAGAAACAACCAGAACCUGGUCCAGAGAAGCUGCCACCACCUGCCCCCAGCAGGGCACAUCUGGUUGUAUUGAUCUUGUUUUACUUGUGGAAGAUUAAAUAAAUAUAUCUAUUUUAUUAGCAUUUCAAA